UGACUUCAGUCAGGCUACCCUGGCUGUAGUUAGCCUCGCGGCGUUCUCACGCGAUAGAAGUCGGCCGCGUGAGUGCCAAGUCCGAAAGGCCUAGGCCUACGAUAGCCGGUCUUGAGGAGUAGCUCGGAGAAAAGCCGAUUGGUGUGCCAGUGAUUGGUGUGUGUUUGAGUAAAGCCGAGCGACGAAGCGACGCCACGUUACCUUCAGCGCUGACACUCUCGUUCGUCGGCUCUCCAUGAUCGCCAUGCGGUAGCCUUUCCAACAUGCGCCGAACAGCUCCCAAGGCUCGCACGAGCGUUCCCCCCGAGGACAAACCCCCCAGGUUCGCGCGACCCACGAGGAUCGCGAGUGUCGUCUUCGCCUUGGUCCUGCUCGCCGUCACCGCGCGUUCUUACACCAGCCGUCAGCACUCUGACGUUUCAGACGGUUUAGCUUCCCGAGAUGACGUCAGCGAUCACGAGCCGACGUCAGCAGCGUCCGCCAAUGACGGCGAUCAGACAUUCCCCACGGUCGAGCCGAGCCAGGCGGCGAGGAUCGCGUUUCUCUUCCUCACGCGAGGCCCGCUGCCGCUCGCCCCGCUGUGGGAGAGAUUCUUCCAGGGCCACGAGGGCUAUUACUCCGUCUACGUCCAUGCAUCUGACCCGUCCUUCGCCUUCCCUCCUGGCUUCUCCCCUACAUUCCGAGAUGCUCUCAUCCCAGGAGGCAAGGUGGUGUGGGGCGACUUCUCCAUGGUGGCGGCGGAGCGCAAGCUGCUUGCCGCUGCGUUCGUCGACCCGCGCAACGCCUUCUUCGCCCUCGCCUCUGAGUCGUGCAUCCCCGUGUGGCCCUUCACCUACGUGUACAGCUACAUUGCCUCUGCCAACGUCAGCCUGCUCGAUGCGCACCAUGACCAGUACGAAAUGGCAUUCCAUCGCUACGAGCGAUGGAAGCUCGAGCCAGUGAUUCGAAAGAAGGAUUUCGUGGGAGGCAGUCAGUGGUUUGUGCUGAGGAGGCGGCACGUGGCUAUGAUAAUGAAGGACUCGGCGCACUACCUCGCACACCAGAGGAGCUGCCAGUUCCGCAUGAAGACUGGCAGCCGCUUCUGCUGCGCUGACGAACAUUACGUCCAAGUGCUGCUACAUAUGUAUGACCCUGUGGGGAUAUCCCGCUACCCAACGACCUUUGCCGAUUGGAGCCUGGCAGAGUGGCACCCCAAGCUGUUUGUGGCUGAAAAUGUCACGACCGACCUUAUAACGAGCAUAAAGUCCUCCAAGCAAUUCGUCUCCUACCGCAAUUUCUGGAAGGAUUUUCAGAGCAACUACUCCUAUAUUGAAGAUCCAUCUCUUCCACAACCUGAACGGUCGCCAUCAAACGGAUUUUGUUCCAUCAACGGAUUGCCAAGAAAUUGCUUCCUAUUUGCGCGCAAAUUUGAUGAGUCGACGAUAGAGUUUCUAUUAGAUCAUUGUAAGGAGCUUUUGGGCUUUUGAAGUGGCACUGUUUGCCCCCCCUGGUACGCG